GUCGCGCGCACGGGCCGGGCGUCUCGACUCCAGCGCGCGCUCGGCUGGUCCCAGUCCCCGGGAGAAGAAGCGGAGGAGGGAGCGAGCCAGCGAGGCGGCCAAGGGGAGCGGGCGCGAGUGGCGGCUGCCGGAGCCGCCUGUGCACGGGCGGCGGCGAGGCGAGGGUGGCGGUCGCCUGAGCAGCGAGAGCCGGGGCGGCGCGGAAUCCGCAUCCGCCGCGAGUGUGAUGAAGCUGCCCUGCCUCGCUGCUCCGCUUGCCGCCAGCUGACACCGCCUGCACCCAGCCCGCCCGGGAGGGGAGACGCCGCGGGGCCGUGACCUUGGCGGAGGAGGGCACACUGAUAAUUCUCGUAUCUGAGAGCGGACCAAGUUUUGAGCGACAUGGCCCAGGGGAAUAAUUACGGACAGACCAGCAACGGGGUGGCAGAUGAAUCACCUAACAUGCUGGUGUACAGAAAGAUGGAAGACGUCAUAGCACGUAUGCAAGAUGAAAAAAACGGAAUUCCUAUUCGUACGGUCAAAAGCUUUCUUUCCAAGAUACCUAGCGUCUUCUCUGGUUCAGACAUUGUUCAGUGGUUGAUAAAGAACUUAACUAUAGAAGAUCCAGUGGAGGCGCUCCAUUUGGGAACGUUAAUGGCUGCCCAUGGCUACUUCUUUCCAAUCUCAGAUCAUGUCCUCACACUCAAGGAUGAUGGCACCUUUUACCGGUUUCAAACGCCCUAUUUUUGGCCAUCAAAUUGUUGGGAGCCGGAAAACACAGAUUAUGCCGUUUACCUCUGCAAGAGAACAAUGCAAAACAAGGCACGACUGGAGCUCGCAGACUAUGAGGCUGAGAGCUUGGCCAGGCUGCAGAGAGCAUUUGCCCGGAAGUGGGAGUUCAUUUUCAUGCAAGCAGAAGCACAAGCAAAAGUGGACAAGAAGAGAGACAAGAUUGAAAGGAAGAUCCUUGACAGCCAAGAGAGAGCGUUCUGGGAUGUGCACAGGCCUGUGCCUGGCUGUGUAAAUACAACUGAAGUGGACAUUAAGAAAUCAUCCAGAAUGAGAAACCCCCACAAAACACGGAAGUCUGUCUAUGGUUUACAAAAUGAUAUUAGAAGUCACAGUCCUACCCACACACCCACACCAGAAACUAAACCUCCAACAGAAGAUGAGUUACAACAACAGAUAAAAUAUUGGCAAAUACAGUUAGAUAGACAUCGGUUAAAAAUGUCAAAAGUCGCUGACAGUCUACUAGGUUACACGGAACAGUAUUUAGAAUACGACCCGUUUCUCUUGCCACCUGAUCCUUCUAACCCAUGGCUGUCCGAUGACACCACUUUCUGGGAGCUUGAAGCAAGCAAAGAACCGAGCCAGCAGAGGGUAAAACGAUGGGGUUUCGGCAUGGACGAGGCAUUGAAAGACCCAGUUGGAAGAGAACAGUUCCUUAAAUUUCUAGAGUCAGAAUUCAGCUCGGAAAAUUUAAGAUUCUGGCUGGCAGUGGAGGACUUGAAAAAGAGGCCUAUUAAAGAAGUGCCCUCAAGAGUUCAGGAAAUAUGGCAAGAGUUUCUGGCUCCUGGAGCCCCCAGUGCCAUUAACUUGGAUUCCAAGAGUUAUGACAAAACCACACAGAACGUGAAGGAACCUGGACGAUACACAUUUGAAGAUGCUCAGGAGCACAUUUACAAACUGAUGAAAAGUGAUUCAUACCCACGUUUUAUAAGAUCCAGUGCCUAUCAGGAGCUUCUACAGGCAAAGAAAAAGUCUGGAAACUCAAUGGAUCGCAGAACAUCUUUUGAAAAAUUUGCACAGAAUGUGAGAUACUGCAAACACUGCUGCAUGCCUUACUUAGCCGAAGAUCUUUUGUUUAAAGCAAGUUCCUGUCCUCAAAUCUGGGGAAAUCUCUCACGUCCAAGAGGUUAACAAGCCUUGUUCAGUCUUACUAAACGGAUCAUCUUGUAGCAUGAAUGCAGACUGGAGUCACUGCACAUACUUUGUAGCUCGCUGUUGUGAUCUGGAGCAGAGGACAUUAGAACAAGAUGUUGCAUGAGCAAAGGACCUAAAUUGUUAUUUGUGUGUGUACAUUCCAUCUCCAAUGGACUCUUCCAUCUCAAUGCCUCCAUUCCAAACUGUUGUCUGCUUUCUUUCUCCCUCUACUUACGCUGGAUGUGUCUUUUCCUUUUUAACAAGUUCAAGUGAAGUAAAACCUUUUCUUUUUUUCCUUCUCUCUCUCUCUCUCUCUCUCUCUCUCUCAAAGCUUCAGCUAGACACACAGUUCACUGAAAAUUCAGUCAGUCAAAAACUGGAAGAACUGUAAAAGAAAAAAGUAUAUAUCAAUAAGUAUACAUACGGCUUCACAUUUAUUAAACAGUAAAUUCGCACAGAAAGUUUCAUUUCACCAAUGUAUCCACAGUCGGAAACAAACUCAUGUCUUUGUCUGUUGUCUGUACAUUCUCCGUUAAUGUUUCUUGCAUUUAUUUUUAUACC